GUUUACGAGCAAGGCGCCGGAACAUCAGAGCGAUAUCCGAAUGUUCAGCCCAUGAGUCGGAUGUGCGGAAGUUCCAUCGAUCUGAACUUGCGACGUACUGUAUUGAGAGUCCGCUGAGCUGUGCUGUUCGUCCAUAAACGUUUCCUCGUACUUUCGCUCGAGAAUAAAUCAACGAUACAGAAAUGGCGUUCAGUUUCGGCACGAAUCCCACAACCACCGCUGGAGGAACUGGUCUCACCUUUGGGACGCCGACGACCACCUCGGCGUUCGGGGCUCCAUCGGCAACCCCAGCUUUCGGGACAGGAACGGCCACGGCACCGUCAACUUUCGGAAGCGGGUCCCUGUUCGGGGCAUCGACAAGCGCGGCACCGACUCUCAAUCUGUCGACUACAGGAACCGGUUUCGGAGCGGCCCCCGCCCCUGCAGCUGCGCCUGCAACAGGAAACUUCUCGUUCGGUGCCUCUACCGCUCCGGCGACAGCACCUGCAGCCGGGAACUUCUCGUUCGGUGCCUCUACCGCAUCCUCUGCGUUUUCGUUCGGUGCGGCGAAACCCACCACCACGGCCGCUGGAAUGGCGCCGACGUCGACGACGAGCGCCUUCGGAUCGACGGGUCUAGGGGGAGCGAUGCCCGCAGGUGGAGGUUUUAGCUUUCCGACAGCGACAAACACGACCGUUGCGUCAGCGCCGACCGGGACCGGUGCAGCCACUUGUGUGGCGUCAGGACCGCAGGGCGCGAUGACGUUUGAAGAAUUGGAGAAGAAGUGCAACGAGUGGAAGAAGGAACUCGAGUUCCAAGAAGAGUCCUUCUUGAAACGAGCCACCCAAAUCAAUGCCUGGGACCGCUUGAUCUCCGCGAACGCCGAGAAAAUCACCGAACUCCACGAAUACAUGAAAAAGGUCAGAAGUGAUCAAGACCGAAUGGAUCGAGAGGUCGACUUCGUGGUGGCUCAGCAGAAGGAACUCGAGGAAAUGCUCGGACCAUUGGAGCAGGAAGCGCUCGCGCUCGAACCGACCUCCAUUCAGCACCACACGGAUUUCGAGCGUCAAACUACCUACAACUCGGCAACCACUGUCAACGCUCAGCUCCGAGGAAUGGCUGAGCGCAUCAAAGACAUCAUCGAACACAUAAACGCUAAUAACAAAUCAGGCAAUGACGCCUCUUCGCUAAGUCAGAUCACCAAAAUUCUCAACGCCCACGUGGAUGUUUUGCAGUUCAUACAGAACGGAAUCGACACCUUACAGCAGAAAACCGAAGAUGUCAACAAACUCCUAGCGACGGCUCGGAUAUGAGCCUGAGCGGAUGCGAGAGAUACGAGCAAUGCUGCCUCUGUGUUCGAGUUUUAUAAUGUUACUAAAAAAAGUUCGUCGGAUACAUUC